GUGAGCCUUUGAGAGAGAACCGUAACAGAUGAAGGAUUUGGUCAUUAAACAUGUCAAGCUUUGGCGGCAUGAUAACCAGAAGCUUCACCAGACGGAGGGCUUCGUCGGCGCCAAAGCCCUGGUGGUCCGGAGGGGGAACCCCUUCAGGAUCUCCCUGAAGCUCAAUGAAAGACCCUUCAACCCCAAGACGGACGCCCUGGUCUUCAAGUUCAGCAUCGGUCACCUGUUUGUGAAGCGGUCCGUCACCUUCUCCAAGGUGUCUCUCUGUUCUCGCUGGGGGGCCUGCAUGGACCCCGAGGGUCCGGACCUGCAGUGCCCCUCCAUCCUAAUCUCCACCCCCGCCACCGCCCCCGUUGGCACCUACAGUAUACAGAUGUUUGUCUUCACGCCCAGCAGCCGCAAAAGCUACCGUCUGGGCAACUUUACCCUGCUCUGCAACCCCUGGUGCAGCAAGGAUGCAGUGUUUCUCUCGUUCGAGGACCAGAGAGAAGAGUACAUUCAGAACGACUCAGGCUUGUUGUACAUGGGCACGCCUUUGAGCGUUGCUGCCAGGCCCUGGUCCUUCGAUCAGUUUGAGCCAGACAUCUUGGAGGCGUGUCUCAGCCUGCUCCAGGUUAGCCCCCAGCACCUGACGAACCCAGUGAAGGAUUACAAAUCCAGGGCCGACCCUAUCUACAUCAGCAGGGUGGUGUCUGCCAUGAUCAACUCUGAGGACGACCGGGGGGUGCUGACGGGGAAGUGGUCGGGGGACUUCACGCAGGGCGUUGACCCGUCCACGUGGACCGGCAGCGGGGACAUCCUGACCCAGUGGGCCAAGAGCGGCUUCAGCCCGGUCAUGUACGGCCAAUGCUGGGUGUUUGCUGCCGUCAUGUGCACAGUCAUGCGAGUGCUCGGCAUUCCAUGCCGCGUCGUCACAAACUACAACUCGGCCCACGACACCAACGGCAACCUGGUGAUCGAGGAGUUCUACAACGAGUUGGGGAAGAAACUACCUCACAGCAAGGACAGCAUCUGGAACUUCCAUGUCUGGGUGGAGUGCUGGAUGACCAGGAAGGACCUGGGCUCAGACCUGAACGGCUGGCAGGUGCUCGACCCAACCCCACAGGAGAGGAGUGCAGGGGUGUUCUGCUGCGGUCCGGCUCCGGUCAGGGCUCUCAGGGACCGCCGCAUCGAGCUGCCUUACGACAUCCCGUUCGUGUACGCCGAGGUGAUGGCCAGCGUGCACACGGUGGUGCUGCGGGAGGGCCAGGUCGUCUGCUCCAGCCGGGACACCAAGCGAGUGGGCAGCCUCAUCUGCACCAAGGCCGUGGGUCAUCCCCGGCCCGAAAACAUCACCGGAGACUACAAGCACGUCAAGAGCCCUAAUUCAACGCUGCGAUCAAGGAGGCGACAUAAUUCAGAUGACACAGUGUCCAGCAAUUCUACGUCCCAGGGUGUGUCUGUCACUUUAACCCUGGAGAAAGCUCCAGUUGCCGGGGUGCCCAUCACCUUCAGGGUGACGAUAACCAACAAGGAGACGGUUGCCAAGGAGAUCAUUGAGCAUCUCAAUGCCCAGGCCAAACAAUACAACCACAGUCCCUCAGAUACUUUCUGGGAGGCUGAGAGCGUUGUGAAGCUGGCUCCAUUGGAGGUCAGAGUGGUCAGGCACCAGAUCUCUCCGGUCCAUUAUGAGGAUGUGGUGGGGGAUGACCUGAUCAACCUGGCAGUGGUCCUGGAAGAUCCGUACAAUCAGCAGCGAGUCCUUGCUUGCGAGGAGUUCAACAUCGAAAACCCACAGCUGGACGUAGAGAUUAUGAAGGAGGGUGCUGUGAAUCGUGGCACCCAACAGACGGCGGUGGUGAGCUUCACCAACCCCUUCUCUGUGCCCGUCAGCGGGGUGCUGACUAUCCGGGCCGCUGGACUCAAACUGGGCGAGCGGGAGUUCAGGAUACUCAACCUUCCACCAGGGGGCAGAGUACAACAGUCACUGAGCUUCGUGCCUAAGAAGGCAGGAACGAGGAUGAUCCAGGCCAGACUCGACCUCACCAACAGAGCCGUCGUCAGAGGCUACCAGAUGGUCACUGUCAACCGAAAUUGAAAAGUUCCCUUUAGCUGUCUUAGUGUCUUUUUGUGGCAGUGGUAUUUUUUGUGUAAACAUGUCUAAAGUGCGAGUAUUAGGAGUGGCUUGCGUCUGCAAGCACUCUUGUCUGAAAACAUACUGAACAACUUUAUAUCUACCACAAAAUCUAAUGCCAAGCCAGUAGGCGCUUUAGACCGGUUGGUGGACAAUUUCAUCUAAAUUAUUUUUAUAUUUUGUAUCUGUGAGAAAUUGUUAUUUUUGUAUAUUUCUAUUAUAUAUGUAUUAAAAAUAUUUCUACAUGAUAACGUUAAAUAUGAUGCAGUUUUUUAAUGUAAAUUAAGUAAAUGUCCUUUCCACCAGAGGGAGCCCUUGCCCAUGUUAAUAUUUCUCAAAUACAGACAUUUCAAGCGUUCUGCUAGUUAUCCUCUGCGUCAUUAACAUUAUUUAUCCAUCCUAAAAUUAGUGCAUCUCACAAUAAACCGCUUUCACUAUCAAUGUAAUGAUAAGAAAAUUUGUAAAAGAAACCAGCACACACUUUUCCCAGAAUGCAUUUAAUUUAUAUUUAUUAAUCUAUUAUAACUGUUCAAGAAAAACACAUGUAACAAUAAAGCAUUAUAUACAAACAGUAGCCAACUGACAGUAGGAGUGUAAAAUGGCCCAUAGACAACCAUACCAGAGAUUAUGGGCUAAGUUAAAACAUGAACAAAAUAUACAACCCCUUAUCACAAGUAAUCAUUCAAACCAAAAGCCUAUCAUACAGCAUCUUCAAUAUAUUGUUUUUAGAAAUUGGGCCUUUUUUCCUCUCCGUUG